GCGAGUUAAAUGAGUGUGUUUAGAGAAUAUUUACAGUGCGCAUAUUUAGGUUAAGUUACACCUACUCUUUGUCAGUUACUCAUAAGUUAUUUUGACUUUGUUUAGUGCGUAUUGUGAAGAUGGGUUGUGCCACGGGAAUAGUGAAAUAUCUGGUGUUUUUGGCGAAUUUGGUGUUUGCUCUCGCUGGCUUGGCGUUGGUAAUAAUAGGAAUCCUGUUUAAGCUGAAUAUCACUGACGCGACCCGCGUCUUGCCUACGGAUUUCGGACUCGCCCCGAUUUUGUCCAUUGUAAUAGGGGCCAUCAUUUUCAUAACCGCGUUUUUAGGCUGUUGUGGUGCGGUUAAGGAGAGUCCGUGCAUGCUGACGACCUACGCCAUCGUUCUGCUGACGAUUUUCAUUAUUCAAAUUGCGAUUGGGGUGUACGCGUUUUUGCAGAUCCAAAAUGAACACCAAUUCAGAUAUACCCUCAAGCAGCAGAUUCAGAAAACUUUCGACGAGGCGAACGGUAAUCACAAAGAAGCAAGAGAAGCCAGGGAUGUCGUGCAGAGGUGGUUAAAAUGCUGCGGAGUUGAAGGACCAGAUGAAUACUACGGUCAAAAACCAAAGAGUUGCUGCGCCACCGACACCAUUGACGGGUGUCCCUCUACAAAUAAUCCCGCUUUCCCCGAAGGAUGCUCCGACAAAUUGUACAGUUUCGUUGUCAACAAGUCACAAAUUAUAGGGGGGGUGGCGAUAGGAAUAGCUGCGGCCGAAAUCAUUGGCGCUGUUUUCGGAUUGUGUCUGAGCAGCUCGAUAAGAAAUCAAUACAGAAGACACAUGUACACCUAAAUCAAGUUAAUUGUCAUUGCGGUCACGAAUUCUAAAUAUGAUUGAAGUUACGUCCAAGGUGGAUUUCGGCGCUACCUUGAAAAGUGUACCAGACACGCAAACGGAAUUAUAAUUUAAUUCGAACAAUAGUUUUUCCGUACAAUUAUGGCGGCAGCAUCAACCGGCGUGAUUACGCAAGGAAUUAUAAAUAGGCUGUUGUUUUGGUUUCAUGUUUAUGCCGCGAAAAAAUCGAUAACUGAAACCACAGUUUUUGUUAUGCCUUUUUCGUGUUUUAUGUCGCCGAUGCACGAAACGAAUGGGAAUUUAUCAUUGCAGCUUUAAUGAGAGUAUCAAUUAAUUAUACUACGUUUCGCAACAAUAUUUAAUGCUGUAGGUCUCCAUAAUGCAACGAUUAACGGUUAAUUGCUGCUGGGAAAUCUGGUACUACGCUUGAGUUGUUUUUAUUUUUUGUUUUCUUAUUGACAAUAAUAACAUUGGAAGUGACCCGAAUUGUUUUUGUAAGAUUUUACGCAUUUAAGUACAUUUCCACAUGCACGAUUAACUAUGCACAUGUUAAAAAUUACUAUACGUUGUAGCGUAGAUUUAGCGUUUUUUCUUUUGAUUGAUAAUUAUUUAAAUAUUUUGCUAUGUAAUAUGUAUUGUUAAAUGUUAAGAUUUAUACUUGUUAUAGUAAGAUGUUUUAUUACAAUAAAUAAAAAUGUUGUGUG